UGUUGCAAAUGGCACGAUCUCAUCCCUUCUUAUGGCUGAGUAAUAUUUGUGUGUGUACCAAAUUGUUCUUGAUGGAACAGUUGAACAAAUCAGAGUGCUUUUUAAGCAAGUAUUACGGGAGCACAGCCUCCAUCAAACUCCCAACAGCUUUUUGGUUAAAAUCCAUCAAAACAAUUCUAAAGUAUUUGGAAGCAUGUACGUGUAAAAAUAGCCAGGAUAAAAAUAUGAAAACGAGGAGAAAACAUGUAAUGAAAGAAGACUUGCACAUGCAGGGUUCCCAAUAUAUUCUAAGUCUACAGUCUUAAUAUACGAUACAGGCAGAGACCUGGAAGAAGAUCAGUGGGACACAACUGGAAGUGUGGAAGUAAACCCAGGCUUACAAGGCGUUAGUAUAACAUAGGGGUCCUAUCACUCUGUCCGCUCAAACUCUCCCGAAGUUUUCCAUCUCAGACUAUAAGCCAAGGCCUUAGUGUGACCUAUGGUCUUGCUUCUCAACUUAGGAUCCCGGGGCCCACAGCAAUGGCGUCAGCUGUGAGCUUGUUAGGAUGCAGCAUCUCGGACCCCAGCCUGGACUUCCUGAAUGAGAAUCUUCAAGAUCUUCACGGUGCAAAUGCUAUGUGAGGUCUGAGAAGCAUUGCCCUUCAGAGCCCACAUGACCUGGCUUCUCCUGAGGCUGCCCUCCUGCCUUCCAUCUUACCACUGCUCCCCCUGCUCAUUUGCCACCAGUGUGGCUGGCCACGUUGCUGUUCCACAGACACACUCACCUGUCAGGGCUUCAUACGUAGUCCUCCCUCUUCCUCUGCACAUCUCCUUUGCUUCCUCCAGGUCUCUGCACACGUCACCUCAUCAGAGAAGCCUCCCCUGACCCAGAGUUUCUUUGUCGCACUCACCAUCACCUGACAUGGAUGUGUCGCUCAGAUUCUGUCUCCCCCCCCCACCCCAGUACGCGGUGAGCUUGGUGACAGAAAGGGACUUGCUUCGUUCCUGCUGUAUCCCCAGCCCCUGACCCCUAGGAGGUGCCCGAUUGCUGAGUGAAACUGGUAUUAAAAAUUACAAGUAAGCUCUCUAAGAGUUCUGAAGAGCGGGAGAAAUGACACCCAACUCUUGUUUUUCACUGUAGUUGUGUUCUAUGAAGUUGCUGCAAAUACUGACCCGUGGCUCCCAGAGAACGUACAGGAGUCCAUGUCUGUGAGCCUCGAGUCAAAACAUUCUCACGGCCCGAUCAACACAUAACCUUGUCGUACGCGUGUUGCUGUUUAAAGACACCUUAUGUCGUACUGUUGAUGCAUGGAUGCCGAACUCCCAGCCGGCAGCGCCCCAUCUCCUGCCCACAAGGCUCACCUGGCACGCAUCUGCUCUCCGUGAGGCACCCCGCGGCCUUCUCGCACUUACCAACACUGGCCAGCGCCUCAGGGCUAGGCUUGGGGGCCAGGUAAACAGCACGUGCGCCAGCAGAAAGCACAAAAUGCGAAAGACGUAUCGCUAGAUGGUACUUUUUAGGACACGUGUUUACAGUAUGAGAGCUUCGGCAAGGAGGCGAAGCCUCACUUUGUUCAGCCUCAGCUGGAAUGUGUCCUCGGGCCACUCCGAUGUUUCGCCUCUCUGCACAGUCCACAGGAUGACUCUGAAGCACCACGAGUAUUAGUUUGGAGGUUACAAAUACAUUUUUACAAGUAGGCCAAUCUGCAAAUACAGAAUCUGCAAAUAAUGAGGACCAACCACACAUCAUUCUCUCCAUAAAUAUUUAUUGCCUUUCUGUGUGCUCUGCUCCCAGAAUUACCCACCACUCAGACAUUUAUCAAGUCCUGGCCUUGUGCCCGGCCCUGUGCAAAACUCCAAUAAUCCGAAGACAAAUUUAACUGUGUUCCAGGGAAGGCUUCCUGACGGAGGGGUCUUAGCUGAAUCUUCGGUAAUAGUGGGUAGGAUUUUAAUAAGUGAAGCCGUGGAGAAAAAGGUAUUUUAGAAGAAAGAUCCUGUAAGUCACUGGUCUUCUUAAACUUGGGUACACAUUAGACUCACUUGGCCUAUGGCCAGUCCAAAAAUAAACAUCUCUAGGUAUGAGACUCUGGCAUUGGUGUAUUUUAAAUCUCCCCAGAUGACAACCAAAUAAAGCACUGCUGUAAAUACUCGUGUUUGGAUAGGAUGUAAGUUAUGUGAAGGGAAGAGCAAAUAAAUCUGGAAAAGGGAUUUUGACCCAGGUAUGGACAUGCCGUCACUGAUUUAGCACAUGCCUGCUAAAUACCUGCUGUGUGGCAGGCACUUUGCAGGGUCCUGGAGACACAUCAGGAAACAAGACCCAGGCAUCCCGCCUUGUUCGAGUUUACAAGCGAAUGGUGUUGGCAUUUGUUUAGAAUUAUUCACGUUCUAAAUUUAACUUAUGAUAGUAUAUGGUGAUUUGUAUUUGGAAGGAAUCUUGUCCUCAGUGCUCAGAAAGCUAAAUUUCCUAUUGAAAUUAUUACGUCGCCCUCUGAUAUGAACAGAACGCUAUAAAGAGAAAUUGUUAUAAACCUCUGUGCUGAUUUCACUCAGCAUUGUCUAACACAACCACACAUCGUAUUGGCCUCUUAGUGGUUUUCCGUUUCUUGCACACCAGGACAGUUGUCUAAAUCCAGUCGUGUGCAGGAAUUUAAAAUCACUGCUGUGAGGGCCUCUGGGAGUAUUAACUGAAGCAGUUCAUUUUGCCAUCUUAGAAAGAAUUGGUAGGUAAGGCACUCUCUUGAUUAUCAAUGAGAAUUUAGAUAGAACUCCUAAUUAACAAAGAACUUUGGGUGAUAGUCGGUUUGUAGUUGCUUUUGUAUCGCUUGCUGCAUAUCAUGCUUUUCUUUCCUGUUCCUUUACACAGUACACUCUGACACGCUCUUCUAGACAGACCUCCUGAUAGAGCUUUCUUGUAAUCUAUCUGAUGCUCUUUCUAGCCUGACUCUGCCAGUCUCUCUUUUCACAACGCUCCUGACCAAGCAGUGUUUGAAUUAGUUUGCUAAGUAGACUAAUCUAAUGCCUAAAGAACAAGCCCCCAUGCCCGACUUCGGCUUUCAGCUGGGAUGCACAGCCCAGAGAGAGCAUGGUGGACGCAAACGAGCACACACCAGGUAGAAGGCGAGGAAUGGCAUAGACCGUGGGACAUAAAGGUCCGCAGCAUCAGGAGAGAAGAGUUAAGUUCUGACUUGGCUUCGAUGAUGAGGUUGGCAGUAUUACCAUUACUACAAGAGGCAAAGUCUCAUUAAGUUGUUAGAAUUAAGAGAAUGUCUUGUCUGUAUUUUAUAUAAAAUUACUUUUGGUCAGCUUUUCCUCAGUUUCAGUUUACUGUAUUUUAUUAAUAUGGAUGAUAUCAUGUGCUUUUUAUACCUCUUUUAGAAUCAUUUAUGGCCUUUUUCCCUCAUGAAUUUUCUCUCCCUUCCUCCCUUAUAUAUGAGCUGUUCUAGUAACCUGCUUCAUUGGCAUUUAGGAUGUCCUUAAUAUUCUCUGCACUUUUCUAAAAUUCCUUGAUUAUUUACAAGUUUAAUGAGAAUUGAAGAUCAUCUUUCUAAAGACUUAGUUGUUUAAUGAACUUUUAAAAAUACUGAAUGGGAAGUUAAUACUGGGAAAUAAUUGAAGUCUUAUGCUGUGGGUUAUGUUACCACAAAAUGACUGCAGAAAAGUUUUUCUUUUUAGACCACUGGGAAGAAAUAACUUUUUGUGGAUUUAUUUACUGUUUGUCUCUGAACCCUAAAGAGAAUUGAGGUUUAUUUGCUCUUAGUGAUGUGGCACUGAAAGAUUGUCAGACCCAUAGAAUUUUUAUUUUGAGGAACAUUAUCUUCCCUCUUUGUUACGGAAUUUUUUUCUUUAUUUUUUUAACCUUUCCCUUCAUAUGUGUUUUAAAAGUGGUCUGAUCAGAGUUAAUUUAUGUAAGUGUUUUUAUCACUUUUUUUUCCGUAAUAGUUCUUUAUAGCAAAAUUUUUGUUGAAUGUUGUUCGAGGGGGUGUUUUUCCUGCCUUAGUUCUGAACCACCUGAGAAAUAGACAAAGGAGCCAGGCAGAUGGACAUCAAAAUAGCUCUUUUCUGAUGGAACUAUUGCAGGAUGUGACUUAAGAGCCCAGCUUAAAGAGCUUAAUGAUGUUGAACCCUCCAAAUUAGAAAGCUUUAACCACCCAAUCUCAGGCAGUGCUGGGGAGCAAGGAAGCCUGGGCAGAUCCCAAAGAGAAAAGUGCAGAGGAAAGGGGCCGGGCUUUGCUUACAAAAUUCCUCUUCCCAGACUCACCCACCAGAUAAGUCAUCCUCCAGUGAAGGGGCAGAGGCCGGAGGGCGGGUUGCACCAAGGGAGGCCACUCUAGUUGGGAAGCUGAAGCCAGAGCGGGAGACCCGCAGGAGGAGCCUCUCAUGCCAGAGAGGCUGGAGCUCCCUCAGCCCACAGCGGCUGACAGCAGCCUCCGUGGAGGGGGUUACAGGAACACUGCAAAGAGCUGAGGGCUCUUGGAGGAGCUCACCCUGUCGUAAAAGAGAAAUAAAACCUGCCCGGGGGCACUUUUGUUCACAUGUUAGUACCUGAUUGAUUUUGCUCCAUUCUCUUACACUGUGGGUAUAAAUUAGGGUUUUUGUUGGUUCUUUUUUUUAAUUCUCAAAAAUAAUAAAAGGUUUUGCUGAAAUUUUAACCUUUCAACCUUUGGGGGACAGUUGGGGAAAUUUGAUAGAACAAUUUUGCCUCCAUGGUGUUAUUGUUAGGAUCGGGAGAGAUUGUAUAUUAAUGGGGGAACAAAUCCAUAUUAAGAGAAAGGUACCAGGAAGUGGGCUUGGGUCACCAGUGAUGAAGAGACUUGAUUCCCAACAGCAGAGGCAAAGCCCACGUGUUCACGUUCAAAUUUCAGCGGACGUACAAGGUCCUCUCAUGUGGUUGAAGCUCCUGACAUUAGACACACCCAUUGGCACUGAUGGAUGUCCGUGUGCGCCCAGAACCCUACUACACUGCCUGGUUUUCUCCUGUCCUCGGGGCCCACCGAGCUCGGCCCUCUACUGCAGUGCCCAUCCAGCCCAGGGUGGGAAGUGGACCAGGGCCUGUGACUAGGGAAGCCAGCCGGGCCUUUCACCUACAGAUGUUUUAAUGUGCUUAACAUUAUCCAAUACUAGCAACCAAGGUAGUCUAAAUACCACAGCAGGAUCUGAUUAGCUUUUUCAGAUCACUGCCUUUAUUUGCUGUUUGCAAAAAAGCUUAAUCCAGUGCUAGAGAUCAGGCUUCCUGCUGAGCCCUUGGGUAGUUUUCUUUCCUUUGUGUUCACCGGUGGCUGGAAUUAGUGAGAAGAUACCUCCUCCUCCUCCCGAAUUAAAGCUAUAAAGUAGUAACCAUAGUAGCAAGGGAAGAAAACCCAGGGCAAAAGAGAAGACUUGCAAUUCAUACUAAAGAGUUUACUUUUUAUACACAAAAAAGUUUUAAUAUGAAUUCGUAAAUACUGACCUCACCGUCUCUGAUCUCAUCAGUGCGUUGCUUAAGUUUUAUUAGGUUUUAGUUGUUGGGAUCACUUUGCAUUAAUGUAUAUGUUUUAUUUUUAUGUUACUAAAUCAAACUCAGUUUUACCAAAAGAAGUACAUUUACUCACUGUCUGACUGGCCUUGACUUAUAUUCUUCACUCCUUUUACUCAUAAAAUUUCAAAAAGAAAUACCACCACACCACUUAAAAAAAAUAAAUUUUAACUCUCUUCGUUUCUAUGUUCAUAUGUUUACCUAAGACAUAAAAUUUGAAUUCUGGGUAAUUCACCUUAUAAUUUGCAAUAAACUGUAAUAUUAGAUAUGCUUUAUCUUUAACGGGCUUCUGACAUCAGACCAUAGGCUUAACCAAGGCAGAAACAUUCCUGCAACCCUUGGUCGAAAAAGAACAGUUUUGCUUUACAAAUUAGUGUGACAUGCAAACCUAAUAAUAAUGACGUUCAGUUAAAAAAUAUUUUCACAGGUUUGAAAUUUUCUAACAUUUUGGGAAUGAUAUACUUUCAUAAAAGAUUAAUCUCUUUGGAGGAAAAAUACAGACCAAUGGUGAUCUAAAGCAUACUCUGUAUUUUUAUUUUAUUUCCGGUAACAGUGAUUUUUUUUUUUUUUUAGGCUUUUAGUACACAUAAGGAAUGUUUUCUUCCGUGAGAUAACUGAAAAAUUUCAACUAUGUAGAGUAGGCCUUCUUCCUCUUGUGUUGUAAACGGGGAAAAAUCUCAUUUACACGUGAGUGGUCACAAUUAAGUCCCCACCGGCCAGGAGUCCCAACAGAUACUCCUGUUCCCCAAGUAGUCACAAGGGACCCUAAUCGUGAGUAUCCUCGGUAUUUGUAUAUAUGUAAAGAGAGAUUGAUUUAGAUGGUUUGGGGUGCUUUACCCAAAUCUUGUAUCUUGGAAAAGCCUGGGCCCUGCGUAAUUCAGCCUGUAUCAGAAAGUCGUAAAAGCUGCUCUCGCCUUCGCCCUUCUCAUGGGCACUGGAAUGAAGAGUGGAUGCCCGCCCGUGUGGGCGGGUGGGGGGCGGCGAUCUUUCUCCGAAGUAGGUCGUAGGACAGCUGUAGAUGUCUUUUUCCUUUUACUUGAGCAGGGAGAUCCUUACACAACACCUGAUGGUGUUUAAAUUUUGGUUGAACUUUCGUAAUAAUCAGAGGCCACUAGAGAUGGAACUUACACAGCCCUCAAAAGCCAGUAGUCCUUAGCAUUAUAAAUACUGCGGUCUGGAACUUUGGACAUAAAUCAGGAGGUAAGAAGCUUCCUCCCCGAGGGGACCGAUUUUUUUAUAUUCCUCAAAAAAUACCACCAUACUACUUCUUCGUAAAGUUAACUUGUCCCUGAGCUGAAAUUUGAGUAUUACAUCUGAACAAAUUUUAUGAAAAAAUCAAAUGCUUUUAACAGGUAUAAUAUGUUGUAUAUUAGAACAUAAUGAAAGCCUUUAUUUAAUGACAUGAGUAACUAGAAUCCAUCAUAAAAGAAUUUUACAUUGCUAUUGGGCAUACUAUAAGGUGGGCUGUGCUGGUGGUUUAGGUUGAAGUUAAAUAGUUUUGUCUAAAGAUACAGUUUAGAGGACGCAUUUGGCACACAGUUGGACCACACUUGUUUAUCUUCCUACGCUACGCUCUUAGUGAACUUUCUAAAAUUGUAAGCUCCUAAACCUUUGUCUCUUGCGGUCUUACUUUCAUUACCUCUCUCCUUUUUUUUUUCAUUUUAUUGCCUUGCAACAAAUUAACCAAUAUCUAAGAAUACUUUGGAUUUCCCGGUGCUUCCAGGGAAAUAGUUUUACUAUAGCCUUCUGUCCCAUUUCACUAUGGACUCAUUUAUUAAAAGGGAUUACUGCGGUAGCGAAUUGCUACUUUGACACACCUCAUGUCCUUUAUUUCUCAAAACCCAAAAGCUAAUAGAACGGGAGGAUAGCCUCAACUUUUUGGAAACGUGCAACUUUUAUGACUUGAAAAUAUAAUUGGCUUCUUUGUUCCGCGCAUGAAAAACAAGGAGGAAAAGCCGAAGGCUGCCCAAGCCAGGUGUUUCUUGUUGGCAGCCUGCUGCCUGAUGACUGGGCUCCCAACGAGCAGCUGCUGGAGAGUCGGCUUUGUCUGGCCUAUUGUUGGAGCACACCCCUCGUUAAUACUACAUGCUGCCCGGGGCAGACCCCGAGAAUGACAUCAACUUGCUUAUCUUAGAAACCUGUGAACCUGACCCAGGGUGCUGAGGUUGGCUUGCAUCUGCCCGGCCAACUCAUUGUGAGCUCUCUGGCCCAUGAUUGGCUGUUACUCCACUCGGUAAUAGGUUAAGCAAAGACACUGCCAUUUCCAUCUGUUCAGCCAUUCAUUGUUCUUCCUGCCUGCCUGCAAGUCUGCAGCUAAAACUGUGUUAAGGAGCUACUGCUGAGGCUGCUACAGAAACCAAUGUCUUUGUAUUUUCCUGCUAACGAAUACGGGGUGCUUUGCAUUCAGGAAUACAGAAAAAAUAGCAAAGUGGAGUCAAGUACACGAAACAGCUUCAUGGGCUUGAAGGAUCAUCUGGGGCACGACCUGGGCCACCUUUAUGUGGAGAGUACUGACCCACACUUAAGUACAUCUGUACCUUGGUCAAUGGUAGAGAAGCCAACGAUGGAUAAAGUCAGUUCCGGGAGGGAAGAAAAAGAGGUGUCUGAAGAGAAUACGAGUUCUGGCGACUCGGAAGAAAGCACACAUUCUGAUAAUGAGUCAGAACACUUGAGAAGCGUUUCCGUAGAGCCAUGCUUAUUAACCAAGACUCACAGACAACUGUGUAGGUCUCCCCGCCUAGAGCCUCACAUACUCAAACGCAGCGACAUUUUGCAGGACUUUAAACCUGAGGAGUCCCAGACGACGUCCAAGGAAGUGAAGAAGCCCCCUGAUGUGGUGCGAGAAUACCAAACAAAACUGGAGUUCGCGCUGAAGUUAGGCUAUUCGGAAGAACAGGUUCAGCUCGUGCUUAAUAAACUCGGUACCGAUGCUUUAAUCAACGACAUCCUGGGAGAACUCGUCAAGCUUGGAAAUAAAAGCGAGGCCGAGCAGACAGUGAGUACGAUUACCAGCGUCACGCGGGACUCGUCUUCCCUGGAGUCUCAGCGGUCUGAGUCUCCGAUGCAAGAGAGCGCAGCGGACGAGGGGGAGAAUCUGAGGCCAGUCGUCAUCGACGGUAGCAAUGUGGCAAUGAGUCUGUACACUUUUUAUCGGAUAAUGAGAGAUAGAAACAAGUUGAUAGAGGUUCAAGCCAGGCCUUUUGAGGCCUUGAGUGACAAGCUAGAGAAUUUAAACUUGACCCUGAUCCAAAGAACUAGUGAACAAUUACCUCAGCAGAGUGAUAACUUGUAA